CAGGGGGGGGGGGGCUGGACUCGAUGAUCUCCUGAGGUCCCUUCCAGCCCUAAUGUCUGUGAAAUCCAUGAAGGGGAGACGCUGCCCCACGCAGGGCCAGGAAGAAGGCUCUGAUGGGGGGCAACGGGUUGGAUGCUGACAACUAUGAGACUGACCCAGAGCUAGCAAGGAUUCGGAGAGAGAGGAACUAUUCAUGGAUGGAUAUAAUAACUAUAGAUAAAGAUAAACUCCCAAAUUACGAAGACAAGAUAAAAAUAUUUUAUGAAGAACAUUUACACCUGGAUGAGGAAAUUCGCUACAUCCUUGAAGGAAGUGGUUACUUUGAUGUUCGAGACAAAGAUGACAAGUGGAUCCGGAUUUUCAUGCAAAAGGGAGACAUGAUAACUCUUCCUGCUGGCAUAUAUCACCGAUUUACGCUGGAUGAAAAUAAUUAUGUCAAGGCAAUGAGACUGUUUGCUGGAGAGCCCAUCUGGACACCAUACAACCGGCCAGCUGACCACUUCCCUGCUCGAAGACAGUACCUGCAGUUUAUGGAACAGGCAGUGCAGUAAUGCUCUCUGGGGUGUAGUAUGUGGAACAUCACAGAGCCCGAGCAGAAUGUAAACAGUGACUUUUUCACUGUAGGACGUGUUCUGCUUCCAUUUUCCAAAUGCUCUAACGCUUAUUUUGGGAUGAUGGGCUGGGAGUAGUGGAUAACCCUUUAUAUUCAUUGAAUUAUGAAUGGCUGCUAGCAAACUACAGAACAUUGUAUUCAAUUAUAUAAUUCCUGCUUCAUUUUCUCUAAGAAUCUUUAUAAGAUGAAUUAGCAAAUCAGGACCUUUACAAGCAAUUUACCAAGUCCUACCCUGAUGCAUAGACCUGUGAUUUUUGUAACAGUGCAUUGCAGUGAUUUGCUCUUGGAGAGAGUAUUAAUAAACUGAUUUUUCUCA